CUUAUUUAUGAUUAUGCAUUACAUGAUCUUCAGAACCGUUCGAAUUCGAAACUUCGCUGUGUUGUUUUUUGUUUAAUUAAUCUUUCAAAAAUUCAAAAUGAACAACACACCUAAAAUAACAACUUUUUUCACUGCGAUUCGGUCUACAGAGUCCACUUGUAGUAGUGAGACCCCUAGCGAGACUGCCGAGACUUUAAAUCUGAAAAGUUCUAUCGACGAAGACGGUGAGCAAAGUUUGAAUAAGAAAUUAAAUUCUCAGAACGUUCAAUCACUGAUGGUAUUCAAUACAUACAUAAGUUCCAACCGUCGACAACAGUUCACAACUGUGACGUACGAGACACUACAGAAUGUAAAGAACUUAGAACCAAGCUGGAAAGGUUUCGCAGCUAAGAACAAGACACGAGAAGAUAGGUCCAAUAACGGUCAGAGAACAACGUACGGGACCCGGUCAGAGACUGUUGUUUGUCUUGUGACAACCAAACAAAACGAGUCACGGACGCAUGAGGUACUCACCAUGGGCCGUUCCGCUAACUCCAAUAAUGUUCUAGAACGCCGGGCGAUGACGAACGUUUUAGUGAAAUGGCGACGGACGCAUGUCAUUCGCCUCGGUGAUGGAACGGGUACAGCGGAUCGGCGGUGA